AUGGAUACCUUCUAUUUUCCCUGUACCAACUCCUCCUUUACCGUUUCUUUCCUAAGUUUACCAAAACAAGUUAAAAUGCGUUUCCCCCAGUCUUAUUUACUACCUUAUUUAGUUCACUUUUUUGGGUGCUUUUCCUCUUUUGUGGGUUGAAGGGAGAGGACCUGGCCUGGCCUUUGCAAAGAAGAGAAGGACAAACAGAAUAAGCAAAAUUACUAAUACGAUCAACAACUAAACCUUAUUGUCUUCUGUGGUCUGAAAAUAAAGAGCUUGCUACAUCAACCAUCAGAAGAUCCUUCAUGUCCUUUUUCUUCUUCUUCUUCUUCUUCUUCUUCAGCUUGCCUAUUUAGAGUCCUUGGCUUAUUAUUAUUUAGUUAUUCUGCAAAGCGACUAGCAUUGACCCUCCCAACUCAUUUCUAAACUCUUUCCAGAAAAUUACUUUUCCAUAAUUUUCUAGGCUUCAAUUCUAUGCUUGUGGGAGAUUUGGGCUCUCAUACAACUUGCAGAAAACUCUACCUCAGGAUAGUUCUGGGAGCAAUCCUUACCAUCAGCUUAAGUUUUUUGAAUCAGCUAGUUCAAGAGCAGCCUGAAAAAUGGUGAGAGGGAAGAUUCAGAUGAGAAGGAUUGAGAAUGCAACGAGCAGGCAGGUGACCUUCUCAAAGAGGAGAAAUGGGCUUCUGAAGAAGGCGUACGAGCUAUCAGUUCUGUGCGAUGCUGAAGUUGCUUUGAUAAUUUUCUCACAAAAAGGGAAGCUCUAUGAGUUCUCAAGCUCCAACAUGCAAAAGACAAUCGAUAAAUAUCGUGGCUGUGUGAAGGAAGAUCAAAGAAGCGACCAAGACAUUGAGAAAUAUGUACAGGAGCUGAAGCUGGAAGCUAUAAACAUGGCAAAUACGAUAGAAUUCCUUGAAGCUUCUCAACGGAAGCUUUUGGGGCAAGAUCUGGGAUCAAGUUCACUAGAGGAACUUCAACAGAUUGACAGCCAGCUCGAGAGAAGUCUAACGAACGUCCGGGGAAGGAAGACUCAGCUAUUCAAGGAAGAAAUAGAGCGGCUAAGAGCAAAGGAGAUGCUUUUGUUGGAAGAGAAUGCAAGGUUAUCUCAAAAGUGUGGACUCGAGUCGUGGCAUGCACCAGCAAAGCGGAAAGAAAUUGGAAGUUGCAGCCAAAGUACUCAAAGCUCAGAGGUGGAGACUGGGUUGUUUAUCGGCCUUCCUGAAACUCGAGUCUUAGAGUAUCGACGCUUUUGAUGAUUUUUCUCAUCUUCUAAAUGCACAUAUUUAUCAUAUCCUUGAUCUAGAAGUAGCUAUGUUAUUCUAGUUAUUGUCUCAGGAAUAAAACAUAAUAUCUUAUGGCUUCAAAAUAAUACAUAUAUAAUUGUAGUUUGACACUUGAUUAUGUAUUACGCAAGUGCUUUGUUGUAAAUAUCACAUUUGUCCAUUGCUUUUGAUGUGGAAAGUAAAUGGGUAGAAAGUUAAAUGGAUAGAAAGCUCAAUGAUUCUGGUGC